AUGUGGGUGGUCUUUGGCUCCGAGGCACUGCAUCUCAUGUGGUUGAAAAUGGAGUACAAAGAAUACAAGGAAAAGUCACAACACAAAAUCAAGCUCUUGGAAGAGAUCAUUGACCGUGUGGAGCAUGGACAAGCUAUGGACGACAAUCUCAAGGAAGAAAUUCGCAUGGUCUUAUUAAACGGUAAACGAUCCGUAGAACCAAGCGACGCCGAUAUUGACGAAGAGUACUUUAAUAAGCUGAUCGCUUCCUCAGAACAAGCAGCGAGUGAACCGGUCGACCAACCAACAACAACUGCAGAGACCAAGCCCAACGUUCAGCCAGAACCCAAGAGCAACUGGCCACCCUCCGAUGGUAGAGGAGAAGGAAAGAAAAAGACGUUUUAUCUUUAA